CAAAAAAGCAUUUUUUCAUUUUUGUGAAUAGGAAUGUUUCUAAUUUGAAGUACUUUUAAGUACGUCAUGCUAGCUACUUAUUAAUUCUGAAUUCUUGUUUCGUUUUCAUGGCUGGACGAAGAGUUAUUUUUGAAUACCGGUUCCAGGUGUCUUUCGGGAUGUUGUGGUAAAGGCUAUACAAUGCACUGUGAUGCAGUGUGGUGAUGCAGGAAAUGGCGUUGUCGCUGUCGAUGUAUUGUAAACGUCCAAUUAAAGAAGUCCCAGUUCCUGCAAUUCCGUGCAUUCACUCCCUCCAUCAGCUAGUAUUCACCGAGGAUUUACACUAUAGCCAUCUUAUCUGAUAAUAAAAAUGAUACAGGCACAGCGGCCCUCUGGGCUGCCGAAACCGCAGCUGAGAGAAAAGAUUGUGCAGAUGUAUGACGAUUUGCUCUGUGCGAAGAAUGUUGAGCAACAUGUUCAUUUUUGGGAUGAGUUCUUCGUGCUAAAGCCGAAAGUUCUGUAUUUUACCAAGCAGUUAGACUCUUAUUCAGAAACGGAUUUGAAUCAGAAAAAGCUAAUACUGCACAAGUUUUCGCAAAAAAUUGUGGAGCGUUUGGAGAGCGACUGUUUAGAUGGCCAUUCAUCCGGCAGUUCGUCGUAUCAUGCACUGAUUUACCUUUGUAUCCUCAUAGAGAUUCUUUCGAAACGGAAUAUUGACGUUUCUGAAAUUCUGCUUGGACAUACUCAGACGAGUCGAGAAAUUCAAGGCAAGAUAUUUUCUGAGACAUUAAGGGCUACUAUAAGAGGCACAAACGAUACCGUUGUGAAGUUGGCUUUUCGCGUGCUGCUAAAACUUGUUGCGCUAAAUGACAACAUCAAUCACAACCCUUUUUUGCCUUAUUUGAUGCAUUACUCCUUUUUCGAGGAUUUCAUGCGGAUAGUGACGGAUCCCAGAAAACGCAAAGUGGUUGGAUAUGAUGUGAUUACUUUGCUUGGAAUACUUCCGCAUUUCUUUACUGCUGAGCCAGAAGCAAAUCCUUACAUGCAGUUAUCAGUAUUGGACCCUGCAAUUGAACUGAUGGGCAUUGCAGCUGUUAUUGGGGAGUCUUUCAGAAAUUGUACGACAGCAUUUUUCCAACAAGUAAUUGCCUUACAAAAAGACCGUUCGUGGAUGACUUGGAUAGCAAAGACGGUAACUCGGACCCCUGCAGCUUCGUUGAAUGUGGUGCUGGAAGAUGCUGCACUGCUCGGGUUAUGUACUGGUUUGAAAAUUGGGCGCAAUUUUGUUCAUGCGUUUUCCCACGCACAAUCCGAAAUUCUCGUUGACCCUCCCCAGACAAACGGAACGGGACACGAAAACGAAAAGAACCAGAUUCCGGAAACAGCGAGUGAACCGGCUGUGGUGACCCCCUUGGACCAGGCGAAUACAGUGAAUGAACCUUCCAAUUUGUUCGUGGAAUUUCUCCAGUAUUCCUCCAUAGUGCUACAACAUAUUCGCCAAGAUAAGCCCUUUCUCCACGCAAAAAUGAGUCUAGUUAUUCUUUGCACAAUAACCGAGGACCAUUACACGACGCAGUUUAUGCAUGACUUCAACAUCAAUUACCGAGUGCAGUUUUUCCGUGCUGCCUCGCGUUACCAUCCUUGCCAGAUUCUAAAAAGUUCCAAACCGGAGCCGCUGGCUUGUGCUGUAUUGAAUUUAUUGUCAGAAUUCAUCAUGACCCACAUGAUGCUGAACUUUCCUCACGAUCUGUAUUUCCGUUGUUUGCUUAUUGUUUAUCGCUUGAUGGAUUAUCAGAAGCGAACACGUUUCCGUUUACCUUAUCAAUGGCGAACACUCUGGGGAAGCCUGUUGUCUUUGCUGAAAUUUCUGGAGGCUAACGAGAGCCACUUAAUGGAGCAAAUGUCCAAUUUCUUCCUUUUGUGCACCCAGGUUGUGAAUAUCCUUAAUAUCUUUCUAAUUGGCGGUGAUGCGAUUUUGUCCCAAGUUGGCAGCUACGAUGACUUGUGUUAUGAAAUCGUCCGCAACAGUUCUAUGGUGAAUAAUGCCUUUGCCAUGGGACUGCGGUACAGUGCGGUGCAGUCGGCAAGUACGCAAGCCGCAGCGCGAAAAUACCUCAGUGCCAUGACAAACCUUCGUUCGGUGAUUAACCACUUCACUCCCAAAAUCGAAGCGUUUUCGGCUGAGUAUCAAAAAGUUACCAUGGAAAGAGAAGAGAUACUGGGUGUGAUUAAGAAAAACUACGACAGUUUAAGCCUUCGAUUGGUGGAUAUGACGGAGUGCUUUGAAAAACAUGCCAACGGGACCGGUGAUAAAGAGUUUAUUGAGAAAUACAUUGCGCAUGUUUUAUUGGAGAUUCGGAAUUCUUGCUCAGUAACGAAUGAGAACUGUUUUAAUUUCUCCUAUGAUGAAUGCCAUGUUCUUAAAGAGUAAUUAAUAUUCGCUUCAGUUCAUUACUGAAGGAUACAAUGCCGGCUUCAAAGCUUUUUUUAACAUAAAGGUUACGAGCAUUUUUACGGAGAUCGAAAAUAUGCCGGAACAAUGACGGAGAUUAACGACGCAAA